AACUCCGAGGAAGCCAUUGGAAGUGGGAAAUCCUGUUCUCAGCGCCCGUAAACCAGACAAAUAUGUGGACCCCCUUCAACAUAUGCGCCAGACGGAAGACUGUACACAGAAGCUGAUGUGCUGUAUGGAUCAGAUCCAGUGUGGCACAGAGGAGUACUCGUUUGAGGAGCUUCGCGCUGCACGGUGGAGGGCCUGUCGAAAACAGGAGGUCGAAAAGAAGAGAUGGGAAGAGCAGCAGAAGCAAAUGACAGAAUACAGAGAAGAAAUGCAGAGAAGUCGUGAUGCUUUGAAGGAAGAGGCACAAAGAAUCAAACAGGAGCAGAUUGCCCUACGCCAAGAACAUGAGGCCAUGGUUCUACAAUGUCGCCAGCAGAUGCAGAUACAACAAGCACAGUUUAAUACUGAGAGACAAACACAACUUCAACGACAACAAGCGAUGUUGGAACACGAUAUACAGAAAAGGAUGUCCGUUCAGCUCAAUAUCAGCAACUCGACAGAUAAUCUGGUAUCCAGGGGUUUAUCAUUGAAUGACCACCAGGGGAUGGUACCCACAUCCUUUGACCACUCUGGACCGGCAGCCAGAGGAAUGUCAAGUUCAUCAAUGGACUCUCAGGAGCUUGCUUCCAGGGGAUUAUCUAGUCACUCAUUUGACAAACCUCAGUCUGUGUCAAGGAAGAGGGAUGCAGGAGCUAUGAAACAGCUUGUAUUUGAAGACACAAAUUCUCUGACUGAUAAAACCAAAAACCCAAGUAAUCAUUCCACAUCACCCUGCAUGUCAGGGAGAAAACCUGGCAGUAAUGAACAGAAUGUUUCUAUGUCGUCCCCUACGGUGAACACACGUGAAGCCAUUCAGCUGGUACAGGGAUUAUUUAAUGCAUCACUGGACAUAGAGAGACAUUUAGGCAUGUGUGAUAACCUGUCACACCUAACAGAAACUACUGCAGGUCAGGGGUCAAAAGAUACAGCUGCCCAGCCCGCCUCCUCCAAGACCAGUGGUGGCCUGACAUUUACAAUUUACGAUGAGUCACAGGAGACAGAAGACUGUGGAAAAUGAAUUAAUUAACGGAGCUUGACACUUGCUUCCGAAGCCACACUUCUGAAGUUCUUGUUGAAUAUGAUGUCAUCAUUCCUGCCCAUGAUGCUGACUGGCUAUGAUCUAGAGCUAGAUUGACAUUCAGGGGAACCGACACAGCUAUCAAGAGUGAACUCUAAACAUGAAAAUGUCUUUCAGCUGCUAGAGUUUUCAUUCUAGAGAGGCAGAAGAUAUCGCAUGUCAGAAAAAAAUACUUGUUUUUGAGAUCUUGGAAUCAAGUCUUCACUGUGACAUAAAUAAGUAAAUUCAUCACAUACAUGGUUAUGAACAACAAGGCUGUAGUAACAAUGCUGGAAGGAAAUCAGGGAUAUCAACUAUGAUAUCAACUGACACUGCCAAAUCACUCCUUUUCAGCCACCAUCAGAGAUUGAGUUGGACUUGUUGGAUGAGUGAGUGGUCUGGAGCUCAUGUUUGGUUCUGUACACAUUAGUGUUUACUGUACAUUAGUAAUCACAGCUACUGAGGCAUCCAGUGGUCGACAGGUUAAAGUCCUGAAAAAAUCAGUGUGAAAUUUGUAGGAUUUGACAGCAUUUAACAGGCUGAGUCCAAGGAAAAUUUAAUUAAAAAUGAUAGUGCAAUAUAAGGGGAUUUUUAGUCUCUCAUAAGAUGAUUGGCUAUUCAAAUCGUGCUUCCUCCGUUGUCUGUCGUUCCAUGUCAGUUCUGAAAGGAUUUUUCUUUAAUUUCAAAUGUAGGUUCCCUUUGGUGCCUAGAUUUUUGCCCAUUUAAUUUUGAAUAUUGAUAAAAAAGAAAAUGGCCGACAGGGGGUCAUGCUUCGAUUUUGUAAGUUGAAUUUUGUUAGAUAUUGAGAUUGAUCGGAAUCCGACAUGGCUGGCAGACAGCCAUUUUGACUUUCAACUUUUGAAGAUUGUUAUUGCUAUUUUUCAAAAAGUACUUAAUUAACCAUUUGAAUUUGUUUGUGGAAGUUUGUUAUCCAUAUGAAGAAAGUCCUACAUGGAACUUUUGCAGAUUUCGUAAUAAGAGGAAAGGUGAGAAGAUUAAAGAAAAGAUCUGUCUUGUAUAGAGCCGAUUAAGAUCAUUUAAUGAUGGACGCCAAGAUCCCUCUGGGAUCUUUUAUAAUUUUGAUGAUAUGUUGAUAAGCGUUCUUUUUAAAAAGUUGUAGAAGGCUAGGGUAAUAACUGUUUAUCUGAUGUUCUUGUAUAAAUAGAAGUAGGAAAUGGUUUAGAGAUGUACUUUGGUGUAGUGUAAAAUAAUGAAAAAAGUCACUACUGCCCAGGAUUACUUCCCUUUGUUGUAGUUUAAACGUUUAAAACGUUCCAAAUUUUAAAACACUGACAGUCAGAGUUAAAUAUGGUGCUAACAUAUUAAUGCAUGUAUUGCCUUUCCAAAAUCAGAAGCUUUUGAAAGUUUAAUUUAUUUUGUUAAAUGUCAAUUAACAAGGUAACAAUUGAAUAAUGCUGAGAUAUUGAUACCCUUGAUAAAUUUACCUUAAUGUUAAUAAGUCAAUAAGUAAAAUUGUCAAAUUUCCAGGAAUGUCAAGAGCACGCCCCUGUAUAACCAUUACAUAAAAAUUAUCAAAGAGAUGUUUUAUUUACCUACCUACCCAACUUAUUAUCUUGUUAACAAUGGAAAUGAAAGUAAGGUGCUAUUACUCAGCUGUUGUCAGCAUCCUCAUCAAGAGAAGAAUGUUGCGUUAAGCUCAGUUUUUAGACAGUUAAUUGAUAUGUUGCAUAUAGUAUAAUCAACAUUAAAUAUAAUAUGGUUAACAACCUGUGACUUUGUACCUCUAUAACAAUUUGCUAUGCAUGUCCUUCGUAGUGCUUUAAUGCAUUUCCAUGGAAUAAUACACAGUUGGCGUUACUAACUAGCUGUAAAGACAUGGAAUGGUCAGUAUUUUAUUUCAUGUUUAGCUCACCUGUUACGAGUAACUAAGCUAAAGCAGCUCCCUUGACAGAAGUUUUGGGAAGAACUUUUCUAAAGCUUUCUAGUGAGUCCAUAAGUACAUACCCAACACCCUUCAUAAUUGGUUAAUGUAUACAUUAGAGGUCUAGGAGCGAUUUACUGCAAAAUAAUGUGGCAAUUUUUUUUUCAAAAUGUGUUUUGGACAGGUUGCCAUUGUAGCACAAAUCAAAUACAUAUAGUCAUUACACCAAACAAAUAAAAUUUGACUUGUAAAAUUGAUUUUGAAUGUGUUACUUAUAUUUAAGUAUAAUAGCUAUUUUGUACAUGAUUAAGAUGUCUGUUUACUGCCAUGUGUUAUUAUAGAAUAUAAGGUAUUGAUGAUGAUUGAUUAUAACUGAUGCUCUCGUGAGUUCAUCCUUAGGUACAACUUAUUGCUCUUGUUUGUAGUUUUUCCUUGGUUUUACAAAUAAGUAGAAAUCAUGGGCAUUAUUUCCAGAUAAAAUGCAGGCAAAUUUUAUCACAUAUAGCAUAGCACUUAUUAAUUGUCACACACCAUGCAGCAUCCAUUUGAUAUUAUACAUGUAGUAGUGUAUAUAUUGUGGGUGCAUCAAUUCAUCAAUAUGAUAAUUUGUUAACAUUGGACAAAUUCGCUUGUACUAAAUUUUGUUAGGCUUAUAGUAUGUGGGCUUGUAGUUCACAGAAUGUUGAUAAGACCUCUAUGUAUCCAGAGGAAUAUUAAUAUAAUUAUAUGCAGUGAAUAUGUAUAAUUGUGUAAAUAUGUUGCUAGUCAUACAGUAAAAUCUUUAUCACCAAC